CAAAAAUGGCGGCCUUGGCAACCUGUGGGUGGCUGAAGCAGGUGCUCGGAAAAAGCAUGUGUUAGACUGACAUUCAGGGAAAAUCAAGUUUUGCAGCUAAGUUAAAGUAAUAAGCCAAGAUGCCAAAGAAGAAAGGCAAGGGGAAGAAGAAGGGGAAGAAGAAGAAGUCCUUGAAGAGUGGAGAGAUCCCAGAUAAGAUGGUUAAAAGUUUGUAUAAAACCUAUGAAAACAACUGCAAGGAAACCAAUUCUGUCAUGGAUCCGAACUUGAAGAAACUGAUGAAGAACUGCAUUGAGAAUAACACAGUCUUAGUGAAGGUUAUUCUUGAGGCUAUUCCCACCAUGAGCAAAGAUGAUCCUAAAGUCCUAGUCGAACCAAUGAUAAGUGCAAUCCGUAAAGAAAGAUACGUCCACAUCAAAGAUUUACACGUAUGGGACAUAUNUGAAUGUUAUUCCCCUUCUGUUGUCAAUGGUAACCGUGCCACUGUCCUGUUUCAGGUCAUUCACCUUCUGUUGUCAAUGGUAACCAUGUCACUGUCCUGUUUCAGGUCAUUCACCUUCUGUCCUUCACUCACCACACUGGUACUGGACUACAAUGAGUUUGGUGACGAGGGCUGUAGAAACUUGUGUCUGGGUCUGGAGAACAACGUCACAAUGCUCUCCAUUAGUCUGUGUUACUGUGAGCUGGGACCAGAGAGUGGGAAGACACUGGGCUUUAUACUCUCUACCACAGCUGUUAGAGAGCUGUACCUGGACGGCAAUGAUCUCCAGUGUGAAGGAGCCAUGGAGCUGAUCAAACUGUGUGCAGACAAUGCAGAGUUGGAGGCUUUUGAGAGAGCAGAGAAUGAGAGACUUAGACUGGAGGCAGAGGCAGAAGCUGCACUCAUGGAAAAGGAAGGCAGACACAUUGACCGUAUAGGCUCUGCAGUCAGUGGAGAAGGAGGGGAGAAAAAAGACGCUGAGAAACCUGGCUCUGCAGGAGGGAAAGGAAAAGGAAAGAAGAAAAAGAAAGGUAAAAAGAAGAAGAAGAAGGAGCCCCCUCCGCCUCCCGCCGUGGGUCCCUGGGUACACAAGCUUCACCUGGCGGACAAUGGAAUAGAUGCCUAUGGCGCCGGUUCCCAGUUCGCACCUCUCAUAUGUAUGAGGUUGUUCAGGAAGCUUAUUGCAAACUCUCUGUGUCUUGAAGAAAUUGACCUUGAAGACAAUCACAUAGGAGAACUGGGAGGAAAGGAAAUCUUGGAAGCAUUAAAAGACAGGAAAGAAGCUCCAGGAAAACUUGGUGGUGUUAAGUUAAAGACCACAACCAGAAUGGCCUCUGAAACCUUCAGUGCAAUCUGUAAACUGGCAACAGGACUUAAAAAGAAGAAGAAAAAGGGAAAAGGAAAGAAGAAAAAGAAGAAGUGAGGUGUCUCUCCCACUUGAAGUUUACAGAUGACAGUAGAGGAGAUACUUCUGCGAAGCAGUAACAUCACAGUCUUUUUAAUCAGGUCACAAUGUAGAACUCUCCACUGAUGAAGAUUGUUUUUCAGGGGCCAUAGCAAUAGUCUGAAGGUUCAAUAGUCCCAAGGUUCAUUGGUUUGAAACUUCACUAAAGAACCUUCGGACCAACGAACCCUUGAUUAAAAAACUGACGAAAAUGCUAAGAUUUUUCGGACCAAUGAACCUUUGGACUCUUAAGACGCCCCCACUUUUCAUGUGAAUGCUGCAAUGUUUUUCAUGUGUCUUGAGUUCCAAAAAAUGUCAAAUACCCCAGAGGGCCGCGCUAUGGAGCAUUACAUACAUAUAAACAUACUUAGAUUAUGGAUAUCAUGUUCUUUGCCUAUGUGGCAGAAUCACAAAGUUAAUAACUUCUGUUUGGUUAAAUUUUGAGAUUAGUUACUUCACAGUAAUGGUUAAUAUAUGGUUAAUGUACCCAAUGUUUCAGUAGACUUGAAUACAUAACUAGUACAUGUAUUUUAUACAGAAACUGGUUCUGUCCUGUUCUUACUAAAUUAGAGUAACAGUAGGGCUGACAGCUGGAUUGUCUCUUUUACUAAUGUGUACAUUUAGGGAUCCAGGAUUUUAUACUGUCAUUUAUUCAAAAUCCCUUCUGAGUUCUCAACUGCUGCAUUAUAUCUUGUGCAGUUUCAAUAUUAAAUGGUUUGUUUUAUUCACAGGUAAAAACUAGUCUGUUCUGUUUUUUGAGAGCUCAGCUGACUUUGUCAUUGUCUGUUGAGACCAGUAUGACUACAAGUAUAAUAUAUGGAGAGAAGAGUUCGUACUGACAGUAUCCUGUAGAUAUAUCUUACACUUGCAUGUUAACACUGUCACUUGUAUUAAUAUUGUUUUCACUUGUUAAAAUAACAGUGGCAUGCAGGAAGAAGAUACCCACCUAUUUACAUGUAAUCAAACUUUUUUAAUGGUUGUAUGUGACAUUCAUAAUGCUAAUAGAAAAGAUAGUGUCAUUUUUGUCUCUAUAGAAUACCUGGUGAUCUGUUCAAUGCAGAUAAAGGAUUCUAACUUUUUUUAAAACUUUACAUCAUUCUGUAAUACAUGAACAGGUAAAUCUAGAUCCAGUAAUUAAGUAUGCCACUAGUAUCUCAUAUUCCAUGUACUAGUACCUGUACUGUCUAGCCUUUAAGCUAUGCUUGUACUUUUAGUGAAAAACUUUAAUUUUUCAUUUGUGUUUUUUAUUUAUACCCCUCAGAUUUUAUCCCUACAAUGAAUAAUAAUUUUAAAAAUUAA